CCAGCUCGAUUCGUGUGUUAAGCACUCGAUCAGGUGGCCUUUCUCUGUUGUCCUAACCAAAACCACGCAGCAGCGGCGAGCAUGCAGCAGCAGGGGGAGUCCGGCGAGGACAUCGUGAUCGUGGGCGCCGGACUCGCCGGCCUCGCCGUGGCGCUCGGGCUGCACAGGAAAGGGGUGGGGAGCGUGGUGCUGGAGUCGUCGCCGGCGCUCCGGGCGUCGGGGUUCGCCUUCGCGACGUGGCCUAACGCCUUCCGCGCGCUCGACGCCCUCGGCGUCGGGGACAAGAUCAGGAACCUCCAUGUGCAGGCUCAGGCGCUGCGUGUCGCGUCCUCGUCCACGGGAACAGUGGCACGAGAACUGGAUUUCUCGGGAAAGCAAAUUAACCACCUACUCGUACGCUUGGUCAGAGGAGGAGGAGCACCCUUUGAAUUCCGCUGCGUGAGGCGAGACGUGCUGCUCCAGGUUCUGGCGGCGGAGCUGCCGGAGGGCACCAUCCGCUACUCCUCCAAGAUCGUCUCCAUCGACGAACAGCACGACGACUCCAAGAUCAUACAUCUUGCCGACGGCUCAACUCUCAGAGCGAAGGUGCUGAUUGGAUGCGACGGGAUAAACUCCGUGGUGUCCAAAUGGCUGGGGCUCGCCAAGCCGUCCUACUCCGGGCGCUCGGCCACACGGGGCCUCGCUUGUUACCCCGACGGCCACACCUUCCAGCCCAAGUUCCUGCAGUUCUAUGGCCAUGGCUUCCGUUUCGGUUAUGUGCCCUGCAACGCCAACGACGUCUACUGGUUCUACACAUGGUCUCCUUCCCCUGACGAUGAUGGUGUCGAUGAGAGCGGCGCGAAGAUGAAGCACUACGUGCUCGCGAAGCUGAGGAGCUCCAAGGUGCCAGCGGAGGCACUGGAAUUGAUCCAGAGCAGCGAGGUGAGCGACGACGCCCCCGCCGCGCCGCUGCGGUUCCGGCCCCCCUUCUCCCUCCUGUUCGCCAAGAUCAGCAAGGGGAACGUGUGCGUGGCCGGCGACGCGCUGCACCCGAUGACGCCGGACCUGGGGCAGGGCGGCUGCGCGGCGCUGGAGGACGGCGUCGUCCUGGCGAGAUGCCUCGGCGAGGCAAUCCUCGGCGGUGGCGGUGAUAGCGCAGGAGGUGUCGCAGAGAAGAAGAGGAUCGAGUCGGGUCUGCAGAAGUACGCCGGGGUACGGCGGUGGAGGAGCAUCGACCUCGUCGCAACCGCCUAUGUGGUCGGAUUCUUGCAGCAGAGUAGCAACACGAUCGUAAGCUUUCUACGCGAGAAAUUCUUGGCUGGAAUGCUCGCGAGAAAACUUGUCAAAAUGUCGAACUAUGAUUGUGGAACAUUAUCGAGCUAGCUAAACAUUUGUCUUCUGUCGGUA